GCCCCAGCUUCACAAAACCGAUCCAUUUGCGCCAUUUUGGCUAUCUGCCCCUCUUGCCAGCCUCAUUUGUAGUCUCCAGUCCAAUUGCGUAUUCGAGGAAACUGCCCGAGCCAGAGCUGAGCAGUUUUCUACAGCUGCCCGUUUCCUCUGCUCAACUGACCGGGCUGCUCCUUACACCCUGCUCAAUUCAAGCAUUCAAUGUUCCGGCUCUGUCACUGACAUUCAACGUCGUGUAGUUUCCCCAACACCCACCCCUCACCUACCCACCCGAGCAACAGACUCAGAAACAAUGAGUGCUCCACCAACGAUACCUCCACGCCCCGCGCGGGCCCAGAACAGCUCUUCUCCUGCGCCGGGCACCCACAUGGACGUCCCCAAGAUUCCUCCACGCCCGAAGCGUGGCGUCGAACGCUCCGUCUCUCCAGCUGGGGACCGAUAUGCCCGCUCCCCUCUCAACGACCCAACCUACGUACAUGGCGGACCGCCCAGGGAGGGCGGUCGUCUUAGCACCGAUCUGCCCUCGCGUCCACCGAGCGUCUCCAUGCCCUCGCUCGGAGAAGAAGGCAACGAAUACGCCAGUUUCGAAGAUCUGUCAAAGACCCUCACAAGCGAGAACCAGGGCGGCUCACCACAACAUAUGAAGAACGUGGCAGGAGACUUGCCUUUGCAUGCUCCAACUGCCUCAGUCCCCAGCUCAACCGCGAAAAGUAGGAUCCAGGCCGUGACGCGGACCGACUCGCAGACAGCUGCUGCCGCUGGCUUUGGCUCGCAGCUGUCCGUUGACGACAAGGUCUCUCAGGCCAAGUCCGGUCGCUCAGGAUCUUCCGCUGGCUCACGCCCCAGCUCUCUCUACAACGACAAGGAUGAACACGGCAUUCCCGAGAUCGGUGUGCAGGUACCCAUGUUCCGCAACGCCGGAGAUGUCCAGGCUCCCAGUCCUUCGCCCUAUGCGCAACAGCCCGGCACCCAAGGAGUAGGUUUCCACCAGAAAGCCGGAGGUCGUCAUCACGGCCGCACCAAGAGCGGUCGUGAAAUCUUCCAUGGUCCUCCUGGCAGCUACGGUAUGCACGGUCAUGGCAAGAUUUCAACAGACGAUUUUGAGCAGAAGUGGUAUGAAAAGCAUCCCGAGGAUCUCAAGCGCGAGAAGGCCGGCGAGUAUGGCCCUCACAUUCAAGAAAAUAGGAAGGAUUAUCAUUGGCGUGCGGACAACCUUGAGAAGCUAGUGCACACCAGGUCUCAAGACGUUGGAAUGGGCACCAGCCGAGAUGCAGUCAGUACACCCGACGAACAGAUCGGCUACAGGGCUACUGAGGAGUAUGCUUCGCGAAUGGCCUCUCCCAGGCCGCAGUCGUCGGGUCGCCCUGCCUCAAUUAAGGGUGGUUACGUCGACUCACCGCUUCGUAACGAAGCAGGCCAAGAGGUCAACGACAAAGGCGAAGUCAUUCAUAUCGAUCCCCCUGCGCACCGCGCUAGCAAGGUUCACGGUGGAGGCUAUGAUCCGCCAACUGAAGAUCUUGGUCCUGAAGGUGGCAACACGUCUGAGAAAGGCGGAUGGGUUACUGAGCGUGGAUACGGCACUCCCAUCCUAGCUUCGGAUGAGCUGAAGAAACACCCAGACGCCGAGUGGAGACAGCCUGCUGUAUCACCUGAGCUAGAGCGUCACGGCAAUGAGUACACGCUUAACGAGGACGGAAACCCGCAAUAUGUCACAAAGCAGCGCACGCACAGCAGGAGCUCAAGCCGGAACAAUAGCACGCAGCAGCAACGCGUCAUCUCUAGCCCAGCACAAUUUGAUCGCGGGGGUACCCCACUAGAGUCUCACAAGGAGUAUGAACCCUUGUUCCCAGAGGAUGAGGAAGACAACAAAAAACCCAAGUCUCAGGUCGACAAGCUCAAGCGUCCAAGCGUUGCUCGCCACCAUUUCCCAAGUCAAGAUGUCUGGGAAGACACGCCUGGUAGUCUGCAACUCGAAACUACCGUAGACACUCCUCAAGAGGCGGAAGAGCCAAGGACUGCUGGUGCCAACGACAAUGUGAGUCCUGCAAAGGUCUUUGAAGACCCGAACAUAGAAGAACAGCGCAAGAACCAGAUCAACAAGGAAGACCAGACAUCAUUUCUCCCCGAACACACUAGACAAUUUGCGGCAGAGAACAAGCUCCUUGGGAAGGUUCGAGACGAUACGCCUGGUCGCCCUGGAAUGCAGCAGCGCUUCCCAAGCCAAGACAUCUGGGAAGAUGCGCCGUCUCACAACUAUCUUGAAACUACAGUCAGCACACCACAGAUGGAGGAUUCGAAUGAGUAUGCUGAAGACUCGCCAAUUGACCAAAAGCCACAGGUGCCGGCUCGUCCUAGUGUUCCAGCCCGACCAGCUAAGAGAGAGGCUUCUGGUGACGACAAGAAAGCGCCCAUCAUUCCAGACCGUCCGAAGCCGCAAAUUCCUGCUCGCCCAGGCAAGCCAUCUACCGGCUCUUCGGAGAAAGUACCAACUGUUGAGUCACAGGCAGGCGAUAACAAUGCUUCUCAGCCGAAGGCGAAGCCUCCCGUCCCCGCCCGGCCCGCUGGCUCAAAGAUUGCAGCUCUCCAGGCUGGCUUCCUGAAGGACCUCAACAGCAAACUUGGUCUCGGUCCUCACGCACCACCUAAGGUCAAGGAACCCGAAGAGGAAGAAGAAGCAGAGAAGGAGACGGCACCACUUCCGGAUGCUCGCAAGGGUAGAGCUAAGGGCCCGCAAAGAAGGAAACCUGCUGCAUCUCCGUCACCAGCUGCAGCUGCUACCAUUACUGCUGAAGUCGCUGUCCCGAGGCAGUCGCUUAGCUUCGGUCCUGUUACCGCUAUUUGGACGUUCAAAGAAGAUGGUAGUCUCGAUGUGCCCGCUGCAAAAAUGGCGGCUCAGAUACAGCAGUCACUCAGUGCUUCGACCAAGACGGAUGAACCAGCAAUUACUGAGGGUGAAGUGGACCAACCCGUUUCAGCGGAGUCGGAAGAACCACAGCUCACACAGAGUACAUCAAAAGAUGGUAGCGAACCUGGCCCUGAGCUUGAAACAGUCGAGAAGGCGCCAUCAACCCUUGAACAGGCGGCUUCUCAAGUGUCGGAAACUCUGUCAUCCGUUACUUCUAAGAUUUCAUCUGCACUUCAACCAGAAGAACCCUUGGUAGCUGAGACUGUACCCGGUUCCUCAGAUGCCCCUGGCGCAUUCCCUGAAUCCGGUUCAAAUAUAAACAACGAGGACAACGUCAAGGAUGCCUCUUUGGAUCAGAAGCAGACGGAAGACAAGCCCAUCAGUGCUCCCACUGAGGAGAGGAAGACUAGUGAGACCACUACGCAAAAAGAGGGUGAGGGUUUCUCACAAACAUUUGCUGGUUAAAUCACGUUUUAAGGAAGAUGGGGCUGAGCAGUGAGUUUAUCUGUAUUGCUACAGGGGAGAUUAUGAUGUCAUUAGUAGACCCUAGGAACGUGUUGCCAAAAUCGACUUUUGUUUAGUACAUGUAACUUUUCUAUGAAUGUUGCUGCUAUUUAAUUUAUGUCUGGUCCGUACGCUUCUGAUUGAAAUUUCAGAAUAUGAAGUCCUCAAUACACACAAAUACAGGCCCCUACGUCGGCCACAGGCACCUCAAGUACGGUUCAAAGUUGCAUAACAUCCUAGUUCUCGUGUCGAGCGGAAAGGCAUGCAAGAGAUGUAUAGAACAGAAAGAAGUG